AUGGCGGAUAGCACAAUGCAAUCAAUAAUGAUACAACACAGUGGAAGAUGGGACGCAUCAGGUCGAUAUGUAGAAUUCAAAAUUGAAGGAAUCCAGUACGAUUCAAAUUCGAACUAUAAUGGAUUGAUUUCUACAAUUGCUGCUCAACUGGGGAUAGAUACCACAGUCCAAACCAUAAUGAUUAAAUACAUUGCUAGUGACCGAUGCCCACCAAUGAUCAUACACAACGACAUGGGUGUUUGGGUAUAUUUAGAUAAAAAAAAAGAGUACAAAGAUUUCUUCAGUAGGUUUCCUUUAUGUAUCACAUUGGAGGAUAGUGAAAUGGAGGGAAUUGAAUUCCAUCAUGAUGGUGAAAGUAGUUCCAGUUCAAUAAACAGGGGUCGAGAAAUUCAAUCUUCAUACAUGGGAAAUAUUAUUGAACAGAUUGAUAUGGCUUCAAGUGAACAUAUUGAGUUGUUGGAUAGUUGUGAAACUGAAAUAAUAAGCGACCCUCGACAUGAAUUUGUUGUGGAAAAACAGAUUUACAAGGAUAAAGAAACACUCAAUGCAGUUAUGAGGCAAUAUGCCUUUAUGAAGCAGUUUCAAUUUCGGGUGAAAAGGUCUGGUACAAAAAGCUAUCAUCUCGUAUGCCCUGGUGACAAUUGUUCAUGGUGUUUAAAGGCCUCAAGUCUAAAUGAGUCAAGGCUUUUCAAGAUUAGGAAUUUCUGUGAUGUGCACACAUGCUUGUUAAAGGAUAGAAUUUAUGAACAACGUCAAGCAACUUCCAAUGUUGUCAGCAUUAUUAUAAUGGAUAAGUAUGAAGAUCCAAAAACAAUAUACACACCCAAGGAUAUAUCUAGGGACAUGAGGAAACAACAUGGUGUAACAUUGACCUACAUGCAAGCUUAUAAAGCGAAGCAAAAGGCAAUGAUUAUGUUACGAGGGGAUCCCACCGACUCGUACAGUAAAAUUCCAGCCUACUUAUACAUUUUACAGAAGACAUAUCCGGGAUCGGUUGUAAGAUUGGAAAAAACAGAGGAAGACCGUUUCUUGUAUACCUUUGUAGCACUGGAAGCUUGUAUUAGAGGAUGGGAGUAUUGCAGACCUAUAGUGGUGGUUGAUGGAACCCAUCUUAAAUCAACUUACAAGGGGACUAUGCUAAUUGCUUGUACAUUAGAUCCAGGAGGUAGUAUACUGCCGCUUGCAUAUGGUAUAGUUGAUUCCGAAAAUGAUUCAUCUUGGACAUGGUUCUUUGAGCGGUUCAGGGAUGCGUUUGGUGAGAGGGAGAACAUGUGCUUUGUGUCGGACAGGCAUGAAAGUAUAUGGAAUGCGAGUGCAGCAGUGUACCCUGGGCUGCCUCAUUAUGCCUGUAUUUGGCAUUUGUGGAACAAUUUAAUUAAGCAAUGCCACAGAAACAAAGAGCAGAUGAGGAAAUUAUACUAUGAAAUGGCUAAGGUAUACACCCUCCAAGAGUUUAACGAAUGUAUAGGAAGGGUGACCAAAAUAGAUAGGAAGCUGAGGAGAUACUUGUUUGAGAUUGGUUAUCAUAAAUGGACACGGAUACAUGCAACAGUAAAAAGAACAUGGACACAGACUUCAAACAUAGCUGAAUCUAUAAACAAUGCUACAGUGAAUGCUAGGGAAUUGCCGGUGGCAAAAUUAUUGAAUUUCAUGAGGGAAUUGGUUGAAAGAUGGAAUGCGACGCACAAUGAAGAAGCAAAGAAUACAUUCACAGAUCUUACUAAAAAGUAUCAAGAAAUUAUCAACAAGAAUGGGGUACGAGCUUCCACUGAAUUUCUACAUACAGUGAUUGAUGGUGUUAGGAGGUUCACAGUGUGUCUUCGAGCUAGGACGUGUACUUGUGGAAGAUUUCAACUGGAUGAGAUACCUUGCGGGCAUGCUAUGGCUGCUAUAGUGUAUAGGCACCAACAUGGAGCGGAAUAUACCUCUGCCUACUACAACAAUAAGAAUUUCCUAGAUACAUAUGCAAUACCAGUUGUGCCUCUUCCAUGUGAAAGUACAUGGGAUAUACCGAGGCAUGUAAAGGAAGAGAUUGUGUUGCCACCAGAUGGUAAAAGACCACCAGGAAGACCAGCUACCAAACGAAUGAAACCAUUCCACGAGGGGAAAUUUAAGAAAUCAACAGUGACAUGCAACAGAUGUGGUACAGAAGGCCACAAUAAGAAGACCUUAACAGUAGAAACUGACUCUGUUUUUUUUUUAGUAACAGUAGAAACUGAGUACAAUUUUAAUAAUAAUAAUGUUGAAAAGCUGUGUAUUGUGGUAAAUAUGUCAGAGCUCACAUUACCUGUGGUUUGUGGGUGGACUCACUGGCUUUCACUUGUAUCUAAUAAGCACCAAUCAGGUCAGUUGCUUUACCUUGUAUUCAUGUUGAUAGAAUUGGGUUUUACCACAGGAAGGCCUUUUGUGUUUUGCCUUCUGGCUGCUUUUAUACCUUUGACCCAUGAAUAUGCUGCUGUUCCUUUAGCAGAAUAUGAUUGGGACCUUUUGAUUCCUUUUUAG